AUGGAUAAUGUUGAUAUUUUGGAUGCGGGCUCGAGAUCUGGUCCCGUUGAGUUCUGUGAGGUUUCCAGAACUCCAGCUCGAGACACCCGAAAUAAUGAAGAGUCUGAGAUGUGGUUUGUUCUCCUCGACUCGACGUCUGAAUUAUCGUUGUUUGCGAGUAAUUACUCAAACUUUGCGAAGAUUUUUGUGCCGUUCGGAAUGUCCGAAAGUUAUGAUCGACGUGCGUGA